AUCACAUGUCCCUCAAUUCACAAUUCCCAAAGCAAGUCCCCUUCCUGCCUGGCCAUGUCUUCUCAGAUCCCUUCAAAGAAAAUCAUCACAAAACUCAGCAAUUUUCACACAUCAACGGCACGGUGCAAGAGAAAACCAACUUCAUCCACGAGGAAUUCGAUCCAAACCUAAUGGAUUCAAUGAAAUUCAAUGCUCCUCCCAACCUGACCUAUGGGAGCAGACAACCACCAGAAAAUGAUUACAUUCCUCGCAUCUAACCACCAUGGUUGAAAUAUGAUCGAGCUGUUUUACGUUUCUACGGUUACUUCCAAGAAUCAGUCGUUGAAAACCCCAACGAGAACUUCAGAAUCAGAAGAGUCAUCAUAUACUACUAUUUAUCAGAUGGAACAAUACAUGUGACAGAAGUACAUUACAUAAUAAUAUCAAUUUACAGCCCAGAGUACCCAAUGCUGGAAUCCCUCAAGGCUUAUUUAUCAAGAGACAGAAGAUCACCAAAAAGUUGGGCAAGCAAGACUUCUACAAAUGGGAGGAUUUUCAAUUAUGUACAAAUGUCAAUUUUUACGAAAGAGUAAUACAUAUUCAAAUUUUAUUAAUCUAGGUUUUUAGAAUUCAAGAUUGUGACACUUACACCAGAGAAUUCUAUGAAUACAUGGGCAAACCAUUGAAUUUACCAGAACAAAUGCCAAGAGACAACUUUGAAAACAUAAGAGAAACUAAAGAUCUUAAAAUCAACCCACCCGACACCAAAGAAUACAAGGAAUAUUUCGAAGUCAAAUUAGGAGGAGGCCAUCCCAAUGGAGGACUCAAUAAAUAUUUACAAAAUGAUAGGAAAGUCUUGUCUUUUGAUAUCAUAUGGGACGAUGCCUCCAUCGAAGGCUAACUUAAUUAUUACACAUUAAACUAUUACUUGGCUGAUGAUACAUGUGAAGUCAAAGAAGUUAGAAAAUAGAAUUCAGGAAAAGACCCUUAUCCUUUGAUGUUGAGGAGACAAAAGAUCCCCAAGGCUCCCAUUCUCACUCAUUAUCCAGGAAUGACUCUAAAGAAGGAAGAAUUUUAUAGUCCCCAAGAUCUUAUUUGUGGGAACACAGUUAAAAUUUAUGGAAGAGAAUGCUUCAUUUAUGGAUGUGAUGAUUUCACUAAGGAAUAUUACUUGAAUGUUUUAGGAAUCCAAUAAAAGUAAUGUAUUCUUAUCUAUGCAAGGCCUGCCACAUUAAAAUAAGAGAGAGGCAAAAAGUUUUAUUAGCCAGUUCCUCCCUAUAAUGGUUAUGGUUAUGAAGAGGAUUCCUUGGGAUCAGUCUAUUCCUUGUAACCAAAACCACCUAAGAAGGAUGUACGAAAGAACUUCACUUAAGAUCAAUUCAUCCUCAGAUUUGAAGCUAGACAGAUCAGCGAAGUCAGAGAGGAGAAUUCCAGAAGAUUCAUAAUAUCCUUCUACUGCGGGGAUGAUACUGUCUAGGUGUACCAAACAUCUGAAAGGAACAGUGGUAUUUGGGUAUUCUAAUAUGAUUAUUAUCAAAGGGUGGCAAAUUCCAAGAGAGAUCCAGAUAAAAGAACCCAUUAACCAAUGAUUAUUAUACUGAGAGGGUACUUAUUUUUGCGAUUAAUCUAAGGAUUUCUAAUUGGGAGGCAUCGUUUAAUUCAACGUCUACAAAUUCUAAUUGAUGAGAGCAGAUGAGUUCACCAUUAAUUACAUGAGACAGAAACCAGACGUUUUCAAGGAGGCUGACAUCUCCUAAAUCAUCGCCAAAUUAAGGUUAUUUGCCGAUGGAUAUCCCAAUUUCGAUAGUUUCUUGUUGGACUUGAUGAAGUAUUAAUGGCCACAUAUAUGAAUAUAGGAAGUUGGAUAAAUAACUUAAAGGAUACAUUGACUUUGAAGAGCUAUCUUAAGGGUUAUUGGAGUUAGGAUUUAAUUUGACUUUGCAGGAGCAAUAUUUCUUGAUGAGAGAAUUUGAUAGGAAUGGAGAGUGGAAAUUGUGUAUGCAAUCAUUGUGGGAAUCAUUGGGAGGCAAAAGAGCUUGAUCGAUUUAUUAUAUAAACAGAUACAUUUAUUACAUAAAACAAAAAAA